AUGCUGAACAUGCUGAGGCUUGCCAUUGGUAUUUUAUCUUUGAUCAUACUACACGGGGUUUGUGAUGCCUGGAGGAGUAAUAGAACUAGCAGGGGUGACCAAGGGCGCCUUAUACAUUAUCUUCUGGACACUGGAUAUGACGUCAGAGUAAUGCCCUUUGUUGAAGAUGGUGGACCCGUUCUCUUCAACCUGUCUCUAUUUCUCGUCGCGAUAUCAGAUCUUGAGUGGUACGAUGAUAGGCUUAUCUGGGAUCCUGCGUCAUAUGGCGGAAUUGAAGGUGUAAUUGUCAACAUCGAUCAAACAUGGUCACCAAAAUUAUACCUACAAAAUGCGGUGCAAGACAAACCAGAGAAUCCUAUAAAGGAUGAAGUCAGUCAAACUUUCAUCACAUACGAUGGAUGGUUACAUCUCGAAUCACCUUUAAUACAUCACACAUCAUGUGAUCUAAAACUUGACAACUUUCCCCUAGAUGAACAGGAAUGCUGGUUGCGAUUUACAUUGCAAAACACACCAAGUUAUCUCGUGAGACUUCAUUCAGCCCAGCUUCAUAUUCCGCAACAAAAUAUCAGCUCUGAGUGGAAUAUCAUGCCUCCUCAUCCUGCUACAAAAACUGAGUACAUUCCUCUCGGCUUGGUCGAUGGGAUAAACAUCACUAAUGAGGUGAUGCAUAUCGGUUUCAAAUUCAAAAGACUGCCCAGAUUUUACAUCCAGAAUGUGAUGUUACCAGUGACAUUCCUCAGCUGGUUAUCGAUUGUUGUUUUCAUCAUUCCCGCCAAAAGUGGAGUGCGUCUUUCGGCGUCCAUCUCUCUUGUUCUGGGUGUGACUGUCUUUCAGAUUGUUGUUACAGACAGCCUACCAAAAAGCUCUCGUGGUGGUGUUGCGAUGUUGUCAGUAUACGUACAGCAAUGUUUCAUCAUGAGUAUCGUGGUCACCAUAAUGUCCGCCAUCGUCAUCAAAAUGAGUCACCAGGAAGGCAAGAUCAAGAAUAAGAUCAUCAUGACUGUUUUCUUCGACCGCCUUGGACCGUGGUGCUUUGUUAAUGGUCGUGGGUGUUGCCGGAAGAAGGCCAAGGGUUCGAAUCCCACCGAGAGGUGCGCUGGUGGAGUUCCGCCGAUGGAUGCAUGUGUCGCAGGAGAGAUCCUGUCAUCUGGUGGUCAAGCUUUACAUCCUCGUGGUCAAGCUUGGGUCCAAAAUGAGUCAUCGAGUCAACCCGUGAGUCAAGAAUUGGAAGAAUCUCAGGCACCUAAGAUGAUGAAUGAUUUUGAGCUCCUUGCCUGUGUUAUUGACCGUCUAUUCUUGAUUGCUACUCUUGUUUCGCUUACUGCCAUCACUGCAGCUGCAGCUCAAUUCUGGGGGGAAAUGUAAAGUAUCAAGAGUAGAGACAUGGACCUAUCAAUAGGUCCAUGGAAGAGACAACAGGGUCAUCAAGAUUGAAGAUGAAGAGCGCCACCAGUGACAAAAUAUCUAUAGAAGGGAGACAUGGAAAUACGUUGAAAGAUAUCAAAGGCAAAGUUUCCCGAGUGUAUUUUACUAAUAAAAUUGAAAGAAUAAGCAGGACACGAUCAGUUGUCUACAUUGGAAUUGAUUCACAUGCCUGUUUAAUUUGUAAAUAUAUCAUGAUCAUAGAAAAUAUUUGUUCUUUGAAUUUACUGGUAGGCCUGCCGUGAUCACGAUAUAGGCUCCUUUGUAUGAAGCAGGGGCCGCGGAACGGUUUUCAAGGGGGGGGGGGGGGGCUGACCAUGCUAAAAAUCACAUUCAUAUGGUCAAUUUUACGUUUUUGUACACUGUUUUGGAAAAAAAAUCAGCCCCCGGUUCCACGGCCCCUGUGAAGUUAUUGGUUAUAAAGAUUUUUUUAGUAACAAAUGCAAGAAUCUUAUUACGUAGCAUCAGGGGCGUCGAUCCAUUGUUCAGAUGGGGGGGGGGUGCAAAAUCAU